AUGAGUGAUAUUUGGAACAACUCGGGAAAGGAGACGCAAAUGUGGUCGACACACGACUUGGCUUGUGCGCACUGCCGAGCACGAAAGAUACGAUGUGGAAGAGAACGACCACAAUGUGAAAGUUGUAAGCGAGACGGUGUCGAGUGUCGAUACUCGUCUCCCGGCAAACGCGUCAACCACGUCAAGCUCUUAUGCCAGAACUUCGAGACCCUCGAAGGCCAGCUGCACAGUAUCCAAAACGACCUUUCAGACCUGACGUCACUCGUUAAGGGUAGUAAUAGCGUGCGAUCGCUAUCCCUUCCAGCUGAGGACUGGGUCUCCGAUAAUUUCACAGGGUCAGAGUCAGAGACAGUCUCUCGCACAAACCGUCAUAUUUUCCUUAACCUCUUUGUUGGUCCCUUUUUCAAGAAUAUCGAUUACGCGACCGACGUGUUCGUGCGGUCAAAUUUUCAGCCGCAUAUUGACCGAAUCUAUUCACACCCUGUUGGCCCUUCUGAUGAAGGCUGGGCAGUUUGCUUUAAUGUCAUUGUUCUUCUUGGUAUCAAAAAUGGACCAACAAAUCAGGGCAACAAUCAUUUUGGCCAAUCACUUCUUCAAACCCUGAAAAUGGCCGUCAAUAAUCCUAGAGUAUUCCUGACACCGAGACUUGUGAACGUCCAAGCCCUCGCUCUUCUGAGUUACGUUGCUGAGCAAUAUAGCACAACCUCACUUGCGGAGCUUGUCUUUGCCCAGGCCUGCUUGUUAGCUCGCACGAUGGGUCUCCAUCAAAGUCAUGCAUCUUUCAGCGACCUUCCGCCCGAGGACAUAUUGGAGAGACACAAAGUUUUCCGAUCCUUGUAUAUCAGAGACAAGAAUAUCGCAAUACUACGUGGGUCCACGGCUUGGCUACCAGGCCAUGAUUCCGGCAUACCCCAUUUGACGGACGAAAUAGAAACAGGAGCACAUGACUUAGUAGCCCGGCUAGAGCUAGCAAAGCUUCAGGAUGAGGUUUAUCAGACAUUCCAUGCCGCUAGUGCUCCCAGUUUACACAUUUCCAAGCAUGGACAAGUAUUGUCACAGCUGCAACAGAAACUAGAGCAGUGGGCUUCCGCUCAUAACGUCAUACAGAAGACGUUAACUUCUCCCGGAUCAUUCUCGCUCAUGUUGUCGUUUCUUGCGACUAGGAUCUGCUUACUCAAAUCCAAUGAUGACAUCAAGUCAGCUCAACCCUCCAGGGAUGCUAAAGCAUGCUGCCUCGUUUUCUUGCUUGCCACGGCAAAAAAGCCAGACUCACGCCUUUCUGACGCUCUAAAAGAGACGUUGGGUCCUCAAAAACCACUGCCUCUACCCACCACCAAGAAAGCCAAAAGAAACUCUCGAAACCAAGCCGUCCUAAACGGUGAUGAUGAAAGCGCAAAUUCAGCGCUGCCCCGGUUGGCUGUAACCUUUCCACUAGCGGCCGCUUUCAUAGUCGCCAAGGACAUCUUGUUACAGCCAAUAGCAGAGGCGGAUAGUACCCCCGGUCGACCAGAAGAGGAAAUAUACCUUUUGGAAGCUCUCCGUGAUCAGUUCGCUUUGGCUACCGGUCAAGCACAUGUUGAUAAUUUCGCGCUGCCUUUUAGUCGCAUCCUGGAUCUACUCGUUCGAAUUGUGCGUCAAAAACGGUUACCAGAGACAACUCAUACACCUUCAAUAGCUUUCAAUGAGCUACCAAGUCUCGAUUCAACACGAUGCUCUAGCUCUUUACAGGAGAGUGUCGUAAGCUCUUUUAGAGAUACACCUCCGGGACCAGAAAAGUUCUCAUCAGUCGGCUCUAUCAGUGAAGCACGUCUGAAUCCUUCUUUGGUUCUACCUUUCAGCCAGCCAGUCGAGUCUUCAGCUGGUGGCUCCCCGUGGUUCGGCAACACCAGUCAGACCGUUAGUAUGAACAACACACCAAUGCUUGUAGCAUGGCCAGGCCAACAUAAACGACAAUCUGGAGAGGUAGAGCAUUUGAACAAAAGACCACGAAUAUCCUGCCAGGAAGAAUUCUUGGAUAUUCCUGCAGGGUAUGCGGACCUUGUCUCCCGAACUGAAGAUGACACAAUAUUCACAUUUGACUUUCUCGGUACGGGAAACGACAUAUCCGUUUUCGACAUGGAAGACUAG